UUCCCAUCUUUUUCACAGCCUAGUAUCUGAGGUUCCCUACCCCCACAUUUUAGGACCACCACUCCACCAAGUACAGCCUUGCCUUUUGCUGCUCAAUCUUGUGACUCAAACAUCCUAGCCAGGCCAGCCACUGGCAAUCCCCCACAGCAACACUUUCCUAUUUCUAGUCUCUGUGGUUUUGUCCUUACAUUUUGUGUUUGCUUUUGUGUGUAUGUGUGUUUUACUAUCUGACUCUUCCCUCUUUACCAAUUCAAUUUGAAAACCCGGCUCCAAACCCCUUUUUAAAAAGAUCUCUAAAGACUGGUCCUCAAGCUUUGACUUUGGGAGUCUAAGCUCAAAGGGAGAUUUUUUUUUUAUUAUUAUUCUACUGAUUAUUUUCUUCCACACCUUGGGAAUUCAAACACACACAGAAUGAGUAAAGAGAUGAAUUCUGAGAAGAAGCUCCUUUUCCAUAUAGGAGAACAAAGUCACUCUAUUCUAGACACGAGGUCAUGCUGGCACAUAAAACAUUUAUUUCCUAUAGGCACUUCUGCCCCUACUCUGCUUCUCAUUGUCAGCAGUUUGUGUCUGGUCUGUUACGCAAUUAAAAUGGGGGAGAUCUGAGUCUGUCUAGGUCACUGAUGGCCUACAAUGUUUUAAGUACAGCAUUUGGCUUUCGGAAUAUGUGGAUAAAAUGAAUAGUUACUAGGGAGUAUGGCCGCAUCGUCAUUUUCUGCUGGGCUUAUCCCAAUGGGUGCACGUGGGAACUUCACAAAAGUUAUUUCACCAGCACUGGGCUGUAUCCUCUUAUCGUAUGCAGUUUACUGAAGUAGGGCCAGCUCUCCGCCUCUGCUAGCUUCACUGCCAAGGUUCCAGAGGGGUGGAGUGGCCUGGAAGAUGGUUGGAAGAAGGGUGGAGGAUUCGCUUUCUUAUAAAGAUGCUUUGGUAGACUGGCCCUGGAACGCCAGGUUUUCAGGAAGAGAUGAGCCUGGCAGGGUCCCCAUGGCAAAGAACUUUAAAAUGGCAGGAAGAAGUUUCUUUCUUGCUGCCAAAAAAAAAAAAAAAAAAAAAAAUCCUGGAAGCCUCAAGUCUAAUUUAAGAGCGCUGCCCACCCUGGAGAAGCGGGAACUCUGACUUGCCCCCAGAAAUCCAUUGGCACAAGGAGAUAACAAGCGAAGUCUUUCUCACUCAACCCAUUUCUUGGGCUCCCUACGCGUGAUGCCAUCCGCUGGUUCUCUGCCACCCCACCUAGCUGUCAUGGGUCCAGAAACCUAGGUUGCAAAACAAAUUAACUUCAUAGGAGAAUCUCCGAAAGCCCAAGAGUCAGGUUCCUCAGGGACAAACACACCAAACCAUUGUGUGGGGUCGUGAGUUUCUCUGCACACGCACAAACUCUUCCCCACUCUUUGGAGGGUCUUGCGUGGUUCCCAGUGCGGCUGCGACGCGCCGCGCUCCAGGCAAAGCGCGCAGGGAAUGGCCCUGGGGACUCGUUCAGGGGAAAUCGCCAGCAUCCGGGGAGAGCCUUCCCUUCUCAUCCCGCACACUCCCAGGGCAGGCAGGGAGGCAUUCCAAACGCGAGCUAGGUGUGCAACGCAAGAUCCUCCCUUUAAAAAGAAUAAACAAAUAGAAGCCAGCGCCUAACCCUGCUCCGCUUUCCCCAAACUCUUACUACGGUCGCUGCCCGGGCUGCUGGGUGUCUGCGCUCCCCGCCUUCGCUGGGCUGACACAGGAGGGGAGGAGCAGGAGCUGGAGGGGGUGCUGGGGGUGGCGGGGGGGGGGAAGAGCGAACUAUCCCGAGCCAAGACAAGCAGCACAUUCACAAAUAACGCCCCCACCCCCAGCGCACGCGCUCCCAUUCAAAGCGGCUGGGCUCCGCGGCCGCAAGGCGCUCAGAGAACGCGCGGCGGCCGCUGCGCAGCCCUGCCCCGCACGCGCACGUCCGGAAUCCGCCAGCCGCCAAGCCCAGCAGCCCGCACGGGAGGCAGCUACCGCUUGCAGUGUGGGGUCUGGUCCAGGACUCCCGUUCCUCCCCGCUGGGGGACCAUGGCCCGGCUGGCUGCGCCCUUGCACUGGGAGAUCUUGGCCCGCUUCCUCUUCAGCACCUGGUGCCUGCUGUGUUUCGCUGGACAGGUAUGUGGAGACCAAAGCCAAGGGGCUGUUUUCCUGCGGGAAUUUACACUGAUUCGAAGAGAGAGCCUUCAUGAAGAUUUCCUGUCUGACCUCUUGAAUAGUCACAAAACUGAAGACCCGAGCUCCAGGACAGCACGCUCUGAAGAGGACCGGGAUGGCCUGUGGGACGCCUGGGGUCCGUGGAGCGAGUGCUCACGCACCUGUGGUGGAGGGGCCUCCUACUCACUGAGACGCUGCCUCAGCAGCAAGAGCUGUGAAGGAAGAAAUAUCCGAUAUCGAACAUGCAGUAAUGUGGACUGCCCACCAGAAGCAGGUGAUUUCCGAGCACAGCAGUGCUCAGCUCAUAAUGAUGUCAAGCACCAUGGCCAGUUUUAUGAAUGGCUUCCCGUGUCUAAUGACCCUGACAACCCAUGUUCCCUCAAGUGUCAGGCCAAAGGAACAGCCCUGGUUGUUGAACUAGCACCUAAGGUCUUAGAUGGGACUCGUUGCUACACAGAAUCCUUGGAUAUGUGCAUCAGCGGUCUGUGCCAAAUCGUUGGCUGUGAUCACCAGCUGGGAAGCACCAUCAAGGAAGAUAACUGUGGAGUCUGCAAUGGAGAUGGGUCUACCUGCAGGCUGGUCCGAGGACAAUAUAAAUCCCAGCUCUCUGCCACCAAAUUGGAUGACACAGUGGUUGCCAUUCCCUAUGGAAGCAGACAUAUUCGCCUUGUCUUAAAAGGACCUGAUCACUUGUAUCUGGAAACCAAAACCCUACAGGGGGCUAAAGGUGAAAACAGUCUCAGCUCUACAGGCAUCUUUCUUGUGGACAAUUCUAGUGUGGACUUCCAGAAGUUUCCAGACAAAGAGAUACUGAGAAUGGCUGGACCACUUACAGCAGAUUUCAUUAUCAAGAUCCGCAACUCGGGACCCACGGACAGUACAGUCCAGUUCAUCUUCUAUCAGCCUAUCAUCCACCGAUGGAGGGAGACGGAUUUUUUUCCAUGCUCAGCAACCUGUGGUGGAGGUUACCAGCUGACAUCGGCUGAGUGUUAUGAUCUUCGGAGCAACCGCGUGGUUGCUGACCAGUACUGUCACUAUUACCCCGAGAACAUCAAACCCAAGCCCAAACUUCAGGAGUGCAACUUGGAUCCUUGUCCAGCCAGUGACGGAUACAAGCAGAUCAUGCCUUAUGACCUCUACCAUCCCCUUCCUCGGUGGGAGGCCACCCCGUGGACCGCGUGCUCCUCCUCGUGUGGGGGGGGCAUCCAGAGCCGGGCAGUUUCCUGUGUGGAGGAGGACAUCCAGGGGCAUGUCACCUCAGUGGAAGAGUGGAAAUGCAUGUACACCCCUAAGAUGCCCAUCGUGCAGCCCUGCAACAUUUUUGACUGCCCUAAAUGGCUGGCACAGGAGUGGUCUCCGUGCACGGUGACAUGUGGCCAGGGCCUCAGGUACCGUGUGGUCCUCUGCAUCGACCAUCGAGGAAUGCACACCGGAGGCUGUAGCCCCAAAACCAAGCCCCACAUAAAAGAGGAAUGCAUCAUACCCACUCCCUGCUAUAAACCCAAAGAAAAACUUCCGGUAGAGGCCAAGCUGCCAUGGUACAAACAAGCUCAAGAACUCGAAGAAGGAGCUGCUGUGUCAGAGGAGCCCUCGUUCAUCCCAGAGGCCUGGUCGGCCUGCACGGUCACCUGUGGCGUGGGGACCCAGGUGCGAAUAGUCAGGUGCCAGGUGCUCCUGUCUUUCUCUCAGUCCGUGGCCGACCUGCCGGUGGACGAAUGUGAAGGGCCCAGACCAGCGUCCCAGCGCCCCUGUUAUGCAGGACCAUGCCACGGAGAGGUGCCUGAGUUUAACCCUGAAGAGACAGAUGGCCUCUUGGGUGGCCUUCAGGAUUUUGACGAGCUCUACGACUGGGAGUACGAGGGCUUCACCAAGUGCUCUGAGUCUUGCGGAGGAGGUGUCCAAGAGGCUGUGGUGAGCUGCCUGAACAAACAGACGCGAGAGCCCGCAGACGAGAACCUGUGCGUGACCAGCCGGCGGCCCCCCCAGCUCCUGAAAUCCUGCAGUUUGGAUCCCUGCCCGGCAAGGUGGGAAAUUGGCAAGUGGAGUCCAUGUAGUCUCACCUGUGGGGUUGGCCUGCAGACCAGAGACGUCUUCUGCUCCCACCUACUUUCCAGAGAGAUGAAUGAAACAGUCAUCCUGGCUGAUGAGCUGUGUCGCCUGCCCAAACCCAGCACGGUGCAAGCUUGUAACCGCUUCAACUGCCCCCCAGCCUGGUACCCUUCACAGUGGCAGCCGUGUUCCAGGACGUGUGGAGGAGGUGUCCAGCGGCGAGAGGUUCUUUGCAAACAGCGCAUGGCUGAUGGCAGCUUCCUGGAGCUUCCUGAGACCUUCUGUUCAGCCCCCAAACUGGCUUCCCAACAAGCCUGCAAGAAAGAUGACUGUCCCAGCGAGUGGCUUCUCUCUGAUUGGACAGAAUGUUCCACGAGCUGCGGGGAGGGCACCCAGACACGAAGUGCCAUUUGCCGGAAGGUGCUGAAAACUGGUGUCUCUGCUAUUGUCAAUUCCUCCCUGUGCCCUCCCCUGCCCUUCUCUUCGUCCAUCAGGCCCUGUAUGCUGGCCACCUGUGCAAGGCCUGGAAGGCCAUCCACAAAGCACAGUCCUCACAUCACCGCAGCAAGGAAAAUAUACAUCCAGACCCGGAGGCAGAGGAAACUGCACUUCGUGGUGGGGGGAUUUGCCUACCUGCUCCCCAAGACCACAGUGGUGCUGCGCUGUCCCACACGGCGCUUCCGCAAGCCCCUCAUCACCUGGGAGAAAGAUGGCCAGCACCUCAUCAGCUCCGCCCACGUCACCGUGGCCCCUUUUGGGUACCUCAAGAUCCACCGCCUCAAGCCAUCGGAUGCGGGCAUCUACACCUGUUCGGCGGGGCCGGCCCGGGAGCAGUUUGUGAUUAAGCUCAUUGGAGGCAACCGGAAGCUGGUGGCCCGGCCUUUGAGCCUCAGGAGCGAGGAGGAGGCCCUCACGGCGAGGAAAGCCAACCCAAAGGAACCCCUGCAGACCCACAAACACCAGAAUGGGAUCUUCUCCAAUGGCAGCAAGGCUGAAAAGCGGGGCCUUCCUGCUGACGCUGGGAGCCGCUAUGAUGAGCUGGUCUCUCGGCUGCUGGAACAGGGGGGCUGGCCUGGAGAUCUGCUAGCCUCUUGGGAGGUCCAGGACUCAACGGAAAGGAACACGUCCUCAGAGGAGGACCAGAACGCAGAGCAGGCCCUCCUACACGUUCCCUUCACCAUGGUGACGGAGCAGCAGCGCCUGGACGACAUUCUUCGGAACAUCUCCCAGCAACCCGAGGAGCUGCGAGACAUCUACAGCAAGCACCUGGUAGCCCAGUUGGCCCAGGAGAUUUUCCGCAGCCACCUUGAGCACCAGGACUUACUCCUGCAGCCUUCUGAGCGGAGGGUCCCCCCAGUGGCCAUCCCUCCUCACAAACCGGUGUCUGGCUUCAGCAGCUCCCUCAGGACCUCUGCCUCCGGGGAGGUCAUGGGCAACUCUCGCCGGCCUCACCGCAAGCCCGUCAUCUUGCGCAAGAUCUCUGCCGCCCAGCAGCUCUCAGCCUCCGAGGUGGUCACUCACCUUGGACAGACUGUGGCCCUGGCCAGCGGGACGCUGAGUGUGCUUCUGCACUGUGAGGCCAUAGGCAACCCCAGGCCUACAAUCAGCUGGGCCAGGAACGGAGAAGAGAUUCAGUUCAGCGACAGGAUUCUUCUACAGCCAGAUGAUUCCUUACAGAUCCUGGCACCUGUGGAAGCUGAUGUGGGUUUCUACACUUGUAAUGCCACAAAUGCCUUGGGAUAUGACUCUGUCUCCAUUGCCGUCACAUUAGCAGGAAAACCACUAGUGAAAACAUCCCGAGGGACAGUGAUCAACACAGAGGAGCCUGCCAUCACAGUCGAUGUCGGAAGCACCAUCAAAACAGUGCGAGGAGUCAACGUGACUAUUAACUGCCAAGUUGCAGGUGUGCCUGAAGCUGAAGUCACUUGGUUCAGGAAUAAAAGCAAACUGGGCUCCCCUCACCAUCUGCAUGAGGGCUCCUUGCUGCUCACAGCCGUCUCCUCCUCAGACCAGGGUCUGUACUCCUGCAGGGCGGCCAAUCUGCAUGGGGAGCUAACUGAGAACACCCAGCUACUGAUCCUAGAUCCCCCCCACGUCCCCGUGCACUUGGAAGACAUCAGGGCCAUGCUCUCAGCCACUGGACCGAACCUUCCUUCAGUGCUGACAUCUCCUCUGGGAACACAGCUGGUCCUGGAUCCUGGGAACUCUGCUCUCCUUGGCUGCCCCAUCAAAGGUUACCCUACUCCCAAUAUCACCUGGUUCCACAGUGGCCGGCCAAUUGCCAAUGUCACAGGACUGAUGCAUCAUAUCUUGGCAGCUGGACAGAUUCUCCAAAUUGCAAAUCUCAGUGGAGGGUCUCAAGGGGAAUUCAGCUGCCUUGCUCAGAAUGAGGCAGGAAUGCUUGUUCAGAAAGCCUCUUUAGUGAUCCAAGAUUACUGGUGGUCUGUGGACAGACUGGCAACCUGCUCGGCCUCCUGUGGUAACAGGGGUGUUCAGCAGCCCCGCCUGCGGUGUCUCCUGAACAGCACAGAAGUCAACCCCACUCACUGUGCGGGGAAGGCACGCCCUGCUCUGCAGCCAAUUGCCUGCAACCGAAGAGACUGCCCUUCCCGGUGGAUGGUGACUUCCUGGUCCGCCUGUACCCGGAGCUGUGGGGGAGGUGUCCAGACCCGCCGGGUGACCUGCCAGAAGCUGAAAGCUUCUGGGAUCUCCACUCCUAUGUCCAAUGACAUGUGCACACAGCUCGCCAAACGGCCAGUGGACACCCAGGCUUGUAACCAACAGCUGUGUGUGGAGUGGGCCUUCUCCAGCUGGGGCCAGUGCAACGGGCCUUGCAUCGGGCCUCGCCUCGCUGUGCAGCACAGACAAGUCUUCUGUCAGACGCGAGAUGGCCUCACCUUACCGUCAGAGCAGUGCAGUGCCCUUCCAAGGCCCGUGAGCACACAGAACUGCUGGUCAGAAGCCUGCAGUGUACACUGGAGGGUCAGCCUGUGGACCCUGUGCACAGCGACCUGUGGCAACUACGGCUUCCAAUCCCGGCGCGUGGAGUGCGUGCAUGCCCGUACCAACAAGGCAGUGCCUGAGCACCUAUGUUCCUGGGGCCCCCGGCCCGCCAACUGGCAGCGCUGCAACAUCACUCCGUGUGAAAAUGUGGAGUGCAGAGACACCACCAGGUACUGUGAGAAGGUCAAGCAGCUUAAACUCUGCCAACUCAGCCAGUUCAAAUCUCGCUGCUGUGGAACUUGUGGCAAAGCGUGAAGAUGGGGCCCAGGGAAGGACACUACCUGGCCACACGGAGGACUCACGCAACCACCUUGGACAGAACUUAAGCUUUCUUCAUUUUAUUUAUUUAUUUCCCCCUCCCCACCCCCACCACACACACCCUUAUCCCUCUUCUCCCCUGCCCCCGCCCCAGACAUGAGGACCCCAGCCUGUCUUCUCUCUCAGUUAGCUGGAGGACAGAAUGUUGGGAAAGGACUAGGACAGAGGUCUAAAGGAGGUUGCAGAGCAGACGGGGCCAGACGGCUAGAGCUUCCUGGCAGAGCCCACUGUGUCCCAAUCCUGGGUCCCAGGGAGACCUAGCAAGAGGCCAGCACAGGCCCCCUGGGACAGCAGGGAGCCAGAGCCAGAAUCCCACAAUGGAGGCGGGAGGGUAGAGUGCCAGAAGGUUUGUAAAGCAUCAGUACAGGCUUUGGACCACCAUCAGCAUCUCUCCUGGCAGCGCACAGUUAAGGCAGGAGUGCACACUACUCCUCUGCCUCCUCCCUACCCCUCAGCAUGGGGAGAGCAGGUGCAGUGGGAAGACACCAUACACGCGGAAAACCCAGCCCAGAACUCAGCUCUUCCAGUGGGAAGCACAGAGCUAUGAGAACUCAAAACAGGGUAGAGGGAAAGGGGAACCAAUCCAAGCAGGCCUGGAGAGCACAGCAAUACAGAAGAUGAAGGGGGAGGGGAGGGAAGCAAAAAGAACCCUGAACCCUGUGCAUGUUCCUCAGAGGGGAGUAGAGGAGGUGGGGGAGUGAGCAGGCAAGCAGCGUGUCGCUCUGAUCCCGAACUUUGUGCCUGGUAGACCACUACAGGCUCAGAGCCCUUCUGCCCCCAGGAGGGCAUAGCCCCAGGGCCCUUGCGUGGUACAGAGGAGUCCCCAUGUCUCAGUGAACUUUCUGCCUGUACCCCGUGGCAGAGAUGGUGAGAUUGCAGGGUCUGGCUGUGCAAUCAGGCCAUCUCUGGCAUCUCUAUCUAAAUCAAGAGUUCCCCCAGCUCAGAACUAAUGGCUGACUUGGGCCAGGAGCAUUUUGAAUAUGAAUGGGCUGGUUUUCUGCCUAUAAUGGCUUUUACUGCUCCACUUCAGGGCCAGGGACUGGGGUCAGCUUGUCAAAAACCCAUCCAUUCAUCAGUUAAGCCAGAGAAGUCAUUGCAUUGGAGUGACCACUUCCUCCCUGAGCUGUCCAGGGCACGAGUGGGACAGCAGGCUUGUGCAGGCCCCUCCCCCUGGAGCACAGUGACAGCUUGCAGUCAUACAGCAGGUGGGGGCCAGGUGAUGGGGCACAGCAGCAAAGCCCAAGGAUAAUCAGAGCUUCCCAGACAGUCCUCCAAGGCUUUUCGACCCACUUCCACCACACAAUGAAAUACUAGAAACUCUAUGGGAAUUAAUAUACAUCAGUUUUGGUAAUGAGUGGCCAAAGUAGCCCACACACUCCAGUCAUGCCCGUAGGCUAUAUAGUAAAGGGGCUUACAGUAAAACCAGGUGGCAAAAAUGAACAUUUGCUACAUUUUAGCAAAUUGCUCAUUCAGCAGAGUGGUUUGGGGUGAGUGAUUUUGGCCUGUCCCCUCACCCCAGUGGCCUCCAUUUAUCAGCAGGGCCACCAGAAUCACACACCCCUCAGAAAAACUGCCCCCCUCACAUACAGACUCGCAAAAUGCCACUCAGCCCGGGGCCACCACUAACACAGGGCUGCAUCUUCCAGACAGCAUGGAAAUAAAAGUUAGGGGGAGACAUUAGGAUGUGUGUCCUCCCCACAUGAGCUGUGGACAGUUAAGGUGGUUCUUCCUUCCUCACCACUAUAAUGGGCUCUGAGAAAUCAUGUUACUAAAAAAUCAGUGUAAUGUUUAUUUAAAAUAAAAGAGAGUGUUUUUUAUGUCUGUAUAUCUUUUGUGAAUAUUUAUUAGGAUUUCUUGUAUAAAAAAGUGCAAUAUUAAUAAUUGUACAUUGUCAUCCAGAAAAACAAAAUAUUGGGUUUUUUUUUUUAUUAACUUCUUGCAGUUGUGUGCCUGUAAACUCAGUGGUGAUUAUUGCAUUGUUCCUAUUUUUAAUAGAACCUGAUGUUUAACUCUCGAUCCAUUCACUGUGUACAGAAUACAUUAUUGUAAAAGCUAGCACAGGAUGAUGGGGCAGCAAGAGGGGAUCUUUUCAUGACAUGAUAGUUACACAUGGAAUGCAGAAGACAGACUCCAUACUACUACUAAUAUGGUUGAUUAUUUCUAGGUUCUAUAGCUAUGGGAAACCAGCGGCCCAUAUUUACAUUUCCUAAACAGCUGGUGUUCCCCAGCUCCGCCACAUGUUGGGUUGCAGCAGUGGGAGGUGGGUUUCAGCAUGAGCUUGGAGACCUAGGUUUGGGGUGGGAAGCAGUGUGCUCCUUGCAUGAGAUGAAUGUACAUUUACUGUUUGUUCUGUGAAUCGUGACUCAGCAUUGCCGGAAGAUUAUUAGGGCUGCUGAAUAAUGUGGAAGGAGGCCCUUCCUCCUCUAAAACACAAAAACUGUAUUUAUAUUUUUUGUACAGAUAAUACAGCUUAUUUAUUUAAA